AUGAGCAGCUUUCAGAAGUUGCUCCCAAGACGUGAGCGACAUAGCAGAUACAGCAAGCAUCUUAAGGAAGAAACUUCGAAUAUCCUCACCCGGCCUCUAUUCCGCGGUUUCUUCUCCUCGCAAUCUGCUUCGGAAAAUGGCGACAACCAAAAUCAGAGGAAGAUAAAGCAACUCGAACGUCGCAUCACACAACUUGGAAUCACCGAUUUGAAGGAAGAGCAUAUUGGUUAUGCGUUGCAAUCAGCUCAUGCGCAAGGGGAUGUUGAUAAAGCGUUUGAUUUACUUCUUCUACUGGAGGACUCUAUCGAAGGGAUAAUCAGGGGAUAUACGCCCAGCACAAAGCUUCUUGGAGCGGAAAACCGACAGGGUGUUACCUGUUACCUAGAUGCGCUACUAUUCGCAAUGUUCGCCCGUCUCGACUGUUUCGAGCCCAUUCUGCACAAAUCCUUUGAAGAUGAACCCCGCCGGAAACUCGCAGUCUUGCUAAGAUUUUGGGUGAAUAUGCUACGUUCUGGAAAGCUUAUCACGAAAGACAUGACAAAAUAUCUGCAAGAUGCACUUGCCGAGUGCGGUUGGAGGGAUGCCUCCACUCUUCGUCAACAGGAUGCGUCAGAGGCAUUUACAUUCAUCACGGAGAAACUAGAGCUACCGCUUCUUACCUUGAAGAUGGACAUCUAUCACACCGGAAAGGAAGAUGCUAGUGGCGAUCACAAGUUCAUCAACGAGAGGCUAUUAGAGGUUGCGAUACCAGAGCCAACAGACGGGAAAACAGUCACGUUGGAGGACUGCUUGGAGUCCUACUUCAACAAUAAGAUUGAGGUAAAAAGACAUUUAGAGCGACGAAACACGACAAGGUCGGUAGAUUCGAUGUCAAAAGGCUUCACGGCACACGUUGAAGCUAUCGAAGUCGGCUCUACUGGGUCGUCACCCAUCCGGGGGUCUUCUCCCCGGCUGGAAGAUAUGACUCCUUUAACGUCAGUGACGGAGUCUAUCGAUGAGUCCGCCACGACUUCGUCUACUUUGGAUCGACGGGAUAGUAUUGUACAAGAACGUUUCGUUCCUGAUUCAAGUGAUGAAGGAAAGAGUGAUGAGGGAAAAAGUGAAAGCGGCAGUGGUCGCAAUCAUGCUCGAAAAGGUUCUUACAGGAAAGAGGUCAUGAUGCCAGCCUGGCAGUUCUUCAGCUUGAUACCGUGGUACACGGAUAAUUCACCGAAGACCGACGCUCAGGUAGCGGAACAUAUCUCUGUGAAGAGACCUAUUCUGGGAAUGUGCUUGAAGCGUUACUCAAUGCUUUCCAAUGGGAGAGCGGUUAGACGCAACACAUUCGUUGAUAUACCAACUGAGAUCGGCUUACCCCAUUUCAUUCAAGAUGACAAUAUGGAUGACGAUGCUCCCAUAUACGGCAAUUUUAAGUUGGCUUUACAGUCUCUGGUCUGUCAUCGUGGGAACUCCGUCGACUCAGGUCAUUAUAUAGCAAUCGUGCGAGGGACCAGUGCAGGGGCUGUCCCAGCCGUUUCCAAUGGUAAUGGUACUGAGCAGACAGUUUCGGAUGAUUCACGAUAUUGGAUGCGCUUUGAUGACUUGGCUGCAGAGCGGGUGACUCUAGUCGAUAUAAAACAGGCCUUGAAAAACGAGUCGCCGUAUCUACUGUUCUACCAGAUCCUCCCUAUUGAUGAAGAUGCCGCGAAGGCCAACCUACAACACAAGGCUUCCUCCGAGUCUUCAGAUGAUACCCUGGAAUCGGAUGCCGCUGGUAUCGCUCGAAGACUAAACGGCUUAUCUAUGGGGUCGUCUAACGCUGAGGAGUGUACGACUGGACGGCCCAGUUUCGAGAUCACUGCUCCAAUAGUCACGGAGACUGAAGUAGUCGAUCAACACGGAGCGCCACAGGGCUCCAUACUCUCCAAUACUGACCCUUCAACUCAGUCUGGGGGUCUCCAUGUACACACCACCUCUUCUACGUCACCAAGGAUCGCACCGAAGGACAAAGACGAUGACGCAACGAGUUCGAAUCCCUUUUCAUUCUCCAGACGCGGUUCUAGGGUGAAAAGUAACCCUGGCAGCCGCGCCGGCAGCCAAAACAGCGAGAAUCGAAUCAGUGCAACCUUCUCGCGGUUUACCGGACGACUAAGCCGGGACAAAAUCGGCAGUGAUGACCAGUCUACGGAAGGUGAUGGCGAUGAAUACGCGGUAGACAAUGAACUGGUUGGUUCAAACAGCGAGAAAUUCACUCCAUCCAGCAAUGAAAGCAAAGAAAAAGAUAAGGAUAAGAACGCCCGGGGGCGGAACAAGGAUCGUGAUAAAUGGAGAGGAAAGGCCAAGGAUAAAACUAAAGAGAAGACAGGAAGACGGUUAGAGAGGGAAUGUGUUAUUAUGUGA